AUGCCCAGGGUACCAUGGAGUCUCCUGCUCCUGCUUACACUGUGGAGCCCGGUGGCUCUGUCAGUGGCCCGGCAGCUGGAGCGCCCUCACCAGUCUAGGUCACAGCUCGGCCUGGCUGGCAAAAUGGACCUUUCACCCCCUGCAGAGGUGGAUUCACAGAUUGACAGAAAGCUUGAGGUUCUAGAGGCCAGCAUCGCCCCAGAGCUGGACUUCCUGGCAGAAUUUGCUGGGAAAAACCGCCUGUGGGUGAUCACAGCCCCUUCAUACACUGACAAUUACCUGCGCAUGAUGGAGAAGCAGAUUCAGGAUAUGGAGUCUGAGGGGCUGAGCUGUCGCCUUGCUGAAAGGGACACCCUUAUUGUGACCAUCAUCCAGAAUGCCAUGAUGGAGGGAAAAAUCCGUCGGCCCACGUUCCAGGGUGAGGCCACUGAGGAGGCCAUUGACAGUGAUAUGGUCACCAAGCUCCUGCACUACCUGCAGCUCGAGGAUGUCUUUUCCAUGCUCAUCCUCAAGAAGAACCUCAAGGUUGGUGAGCGUUUCCCCUACCCAGUUCGGGUAGAGGCUGUCCUGGAGAUAAUUGACCAGCUGCCUAUGCGCAAACUGGAGAAGAUGACCAGGAAGGGUUCCAAAGAGAGGUGCAAAGUUCUCAAAAAAAGAGUGGUGGCGCGGAAACAGGGUUCCACGAAGAAAACAACCUUCAGUCCUCUGAGGCAGGGGAAUUUCACAUCGGUCCCUAAGCAGCGCAAGCCCAUGGACAAAAAGGCUGCCCUGAGGAACAAGGUGCAGGACAUUCUGAGCGGACGUUCCAGGUUUGUAAUCCGCAAGGCAUCUGCAGGUCCCAAAGGAACACAGAUCUCAUCCACUGAUAGAGCUGACCCCAGGUCAAGUGGAGAAAACGCUGGAAAGAAAACCACUGUGGAGAAUGUAGACAGCGCCUCUGUAAGCGAAGGGGGGCAGGAUAACAAACAAGAUCCUGCUACUGAGGUGGAGGAAAGGAGAAGUGGUGCAAAUUCCAGUGGGGACAAAGGUGAAGAAGACUCCAACGGCUCCAGUAAAUCCAAGUCCAAAAAGAAAGGCAAGGGCAAGAAGAAGGAUGGGAAGAAAAAGAAGGGGAAAGGGGGAGGAAAGAAGUCCCAACGAGAUGCAAAUGAAAAAGAGAAAAAAAUUCUGAAAGCAUUUCUAGAGAAAUUCCAAGGAAAAAGAAGACUUAUGGUGAUCACAGCUCCUGAUGAAAACAGUCCACAGUACAUCCAGCAGAAGAGUGAGAAUGAGCAGAACCACUGUGACCUUGCCCUGAGGAAAGUAUCUGUGGUAGCCAUCUUAGGCUCAGAACACAAUGGCACCCUCUACUUGCAGCACUAUCAGCUGGAUGCAGAGCCUCCAUAUGGCUCAGAUCCAGAUAAAUCCACCGACCCAGAACUUAUCUCACAGAUCCACAAAGAAUAUGGAAUGCUCCCCAAGGCUUUCUCCUUAGUGCUAACAGACUAUGACCUGAAGCCAAAGGUGAGGAGAAUUUCUGAGGCACCCAUCGCCUCCUCUGUGCUGAGGAACUACAUUGACUCCUUCCCAUCAAGACAACCUGAGAAGAGAAGAGAGAAGAGUGAACCAGUGACAUGUUCAAAACCUGAACACCAAAGUGGUGCUGAAAGCUCUCUGCUUAGAUUUAUGUCAAAAAGAAGACUUUUGAUUAUUUCCACUCCAUCUGAAGACGACUACUCUUAUCAGCAACAGCUGCAGGCUCUUAAUGGACAGUCCUGCCCUAUGGGAAUACGACAUUUUGCACUGUUGAAAUUGGUAGGUGCAGGCUCGACAGCCUCAGGGUCUGUGGAGUUGUUUCCACUGAAUGGUAAGAGCCAGUCAGAAAACGAGCCCCUUUCAGGCGACAUGGUGAAUGGGCUGAGGGGCCACCUGAAGAUCAAUCGGGAGUACUUCAAUAUGCUGGUGGUGGGGAAAGACGGGGACGUUAAAGCCUGGUUCCCCUCCCCUAUGUGGUCCCUGGCCAACAUUUAUGACCUUGUGGACUCCAUGGAGCUGCGGCAGCAGGAGCAAAAGCUGCAAAAAACCCUUGGAAUCCACUGCCCUGAGGACACCAGCAGCAGUUUCCAUGGAUAUGAGGAUUUGGGUGAAGAGAGGUACCUCUACCACAGAUCUGAGGACUAA